GUUAUCCCCGCCGGCCCGUCCGGCCGCAGGGGCCGAGGCUGCCCGCUCCCCCCGCCCCAUCCUCCCAUCCAGGGCUGUGCGUGCAUGGGAGAGGGGGGGGAGGUUCUUUAUUGGCCUCGUCCUCCUUGUCUCCCUCCCUCCCCCCUUCUUCCACACUCCACCCAGAAAUGAUCCAGUGAAACUAGGAGGAGGUGAUUCUCCUCCUCCCUCCUGCUGCUGCUCCUGCUGGUCAGGAAGGGACUGCAGGAAUCUCUGCUGUGCUCUGCUCUGAGGCAGGGUCUGGGAGGGGAGACCGUUCUGUGGAGGGAGGGGGCCGCUGUGGCCCGGGGUGCAGCUCUCCCGUGGGGGCUGCUUGGUUCCCGACCAUGGGGAAGGACCAGGAACUGCUGGAAGCCGCUCGCACUGGGAAUGUGGCUCUGGUGGAGAAACUCCUCUCUGGGAGGAAAGGAGGGAUCCUGGGCAGUGGAUCUGGAGCUAUUCCCUUAUCCAGCUUAUUGAGCAUCUGGCGAGGACCAAACAUAAACUGCACUGACAGUUCAGGUUAUACUGCUUUACAUCAUGCAGCUUUAAAUGGACACAAGGAUAUAGUUCUCAAAUUACUUCAGUAUGAAGCAUCAACUAAUGUAGCAGAUAAUAAAGGUUACUUUCCUAUUCACUUGGCUGCUUGGAGAGGAGAUGUAGAUAUUGUGAAGAUUCUCAUCCAUCAUGGACCAUCACACUCCAGAGUGAAUGAACAGAACAAUGAAAAUGAAACAGCACUGCAUUGUGCAGCUCAGUAUGGUCAUUCAGAAGUUGUUGCUGUUCUGCUAGAAGAGCUGACAGACCCCACAAUAAGAAACAACAAACUGGAAACACCUCUGGAUCUGGCAGCACUUUAUGGACGUCUACGCGUUGUAAAAAUGAUCAUCAAAGCGUAUCCAAAUCUGAUGAACUGUAAUACAAGAAAACACACUCCUUUGCAUCUUGCUGCUCGUAAUGGCCACAAAGCUGUCGUACAGGUGCUUCUGGAGGCUGGAAUGGAUGUCAGCUGCCAAACAGAAAAAGGGAGUGCCCUGCAUGAAGCAGCCCUAUUUGGAAAGGUGGAGGUAGUACGCAUUUUGCUUGAAACAGGAAUUGAUACCAACAUAAAGGACAGUUUGGGUAGAACGGUUUUGGAUAUACUUAAAGAGCAUCCGUCUCAGCAGUCUCUCCAAAUUGCAGCUCUGCUUCAAGAAUAUAUGGAAACAGGAAAUGCAGGUAUUUCAGAGGAACGCCCACUGGAAUGUCCGGAACAUCAGUCUUGCGUUUUGUCCCCAGAAGCUCCUCCAUCUCCCAAGGCUAAAAGUGAAGCUGUGACUGGAGAAUUAUCAAAGCUUUUAGAUGAAAUCAAAUUGUGCCAAGAAAAGGAAUACUCUUUUGAAGACCUGUCUCAUACACUAUCAGACCAUUAUCUGGAAAAUUUUAGUAAAGUAUCAGAGGAAGAUCUUAUGACCAGUGGAAACCAAACCAAGCUUAAUGUAAGGCCUUCUUCAAUGCGUUUAUCACCAAGGGAGGAAGAAGAUGAUGAUGCAGCUGAAAAUACUUGUGGACCUUCUGGUUUAUGGGAAGCACUGACACCUUGUAAUGGAUGCAGGAAUCUUGGAUUUCCCAUGCUUGCACAGGAAUCUUAUUCAAAGAAGAGAGGUUAUGCAUUGGAAGCAGUACCCUCUGUACCUCUGGAUGCAGUUCCUUCAGAAAAUGACAGCAGUCUUUGUGAUUCGAUAGAUAUAGCAGUCACCAAAAAGCCUUGUUCCCUAGAGAUAGCAAGAGUUCCUUCCUCAAGACCAGAUAAUGCACCUCAGGUAGCAAUUACUGCACCAGGAUCUGGUAACCAUAGAAACAGCUCUACAGGCCCAACACCUGACUGCUCUCCUCCAUCACCAGACACUGCACUUAAAAACAUAGUGAAAGUCAUACGUCCUCAGCCAAAGCAACGUACAUCCAUAGUAUCUUCUCUGGAAUUUCACCGAAUGAAUCACAGCCACAAUUAUUUUGAAAUCAACCCAUCCAUUGGCUGUGCAAGUUUUAUUUCUACUCCUGCAAUCAGUCCAGCUAAUUAUUCCUUUGGAUCUCUGCAAUACAGUCUUGAAGAGAAAGAACUUCCAGAUCAACGUAGCCAGGGUGAAACAUCCACUGAAAGUGAGCUUCUUGAGGGACACCCUGCUGAGCAGUUUGCAGGUUUACUUCAUGGAUCAUCACCUGCAUGUGACCCACCUGAAAAUCCUCUCCAGCUGUACAGCAAAAUAAACCUGUGCAGUGGGCCACUGGAGAAAAGCGUUUUGAGCAAGAGCGCAGCGCAGCAGAUACAGCUACAGAAAGAAAGCAGCUCUGAUCAUCCUGUUAAGAAAAAAAAGCCACCAAUUGUAAACAGAACCAUAUUUCAUACCAAAAAUAAACCAGCAGAAAAUCAUACUCUGGUUGGCACGCCACGGAUAAGUGAACAAUGGGUUAUUACCACUGGGGGAUUUGUGGAGCGAGCAUGCACGCUAGGCAGAAUACGAUCUUUACCAAAGACCUUGCUGGAAAUGCAUUUGUGCAAAAAUGUUUCCAAAUCUGAUUCUAAUCUUAUCACCCAUCCACCAAGUGAUAAAAAAGCAAGAAGCAAUUGGAGUGAACCCACACCAAAGCCACAGUGUUCCAAAGGGAAUUCAGAGAGAACACCUUCCUUCACAUCUGAAUGGGAAGAAAUUGAUAAAAUCAUGAGUUCAAUAGAUGCUGGAAUUAAUACUGGACUGGGGGAGAUGAAAGAUCACACUGCAAGACCCCGAUGCCCUGUCCAGACAGUGGGACAAUGGUUGGAAAAUAUUGGGCUACCUCAGUAUGAAAACCACUUGCUGGCUAAUGGAUUUGACAAUGUGCAAUUCAUGGGAAGCAACGUGAUGGAGGACCAGGAUCUCUUGGAAAUAGGAAUCCUUAACUCUGGGCACAGGCAGAGAAUACUCCAAGCAAUCCAGCUUCUCCCAAAGAUGAAGCAGAUUGGUCACGAUGGUUACAACCCCUCCUCUGUAGCUGAAUGGCUGGAUUCCAUUGAACUGGGUGACUAUACCAAAUCCUUUCUAAUUAAUGGCUAUACAUCGAUGGACCUUGUGAAAAAAAUAUGGGAGAUUGAAUUAAUUAAUGUCUUAAAAAUCAGCUUGAUUGGCCACCGGAAGCGUGUUCUGGCAUCUUUGGGAGACAGGCUUCACGAAGAUCCUCCUCAGAAACCACCUCGGUCAAUAACCCUCAGGGAACCCAGUGGUAACCACACUCCUCCUCAGUUGUCUCCAUCACUUAGCCAAAGCACUUUCACUACUGGUGGCUCCCUGGACGUUCCCCACAUUAUCAUGCAGGGCGAUGCAAGGAGAAGAAGAAAUGAAAACUAUUUUGAUGAUAUUCCCCGGUCAAAGCUGGAGAGGCAGAUGGCACAGUCUUCGGUCUGUGAGAUCUGGACCAACCAGAAUGCAGGAUAUCCUUUCUCAUCGAUUCAUCAGGUUCAUAAUACAGGAGACUGGGGAGAGCCUUCAAUUACCUUGCGACCUCCAAAUGAAGCCACAGCAUCAACGCCUGUCCAAUAUUGGCAACAUCAUCCAGAGAAACUCAUCUUCCAGUCAUGCGAUUAUAAAGCAUUUUAUUUAGGUUCUAUGCUGGUGAAAGAGUUGAGAGGCACAGAGUCAACACAGGAUGCAUGUGCAAAGAUGAGGAAGUCUACAGAACAGAUGAAGAAAGUACCAACCAUUGUCCUGUCUGUCUCUUACAAGGGAGUCAAAUUUAUUGAUGCCACAAAUAAGAAUAUAAUUGCCGAACAUGAAAUCCGUAACAUUUCCUGUGCUGCACAAGACCCCGAAGACCUUUCUACGUUUGCGUACAUCACUAAAGACUUGAAGACCAAUCACCACUACUGCCACGUAUUCACUGCGUUUGAUGUGAAUUUAGCUUACGAAAUCAUUCUUACACUAGGACAAGCAUUUGAGGUGGCCUAUCAGCUUGCACUACAAGCACGAAAAGGGGGCCAUUCUUCCACCCUCCCCGAAAGCUUUGAAAACAAACCCUCUAAACCUAUUCCCAAACCACGCGUUAGUAUUCGGAAGUCAGUGGAAGAAGAAGGCAGCCAUGAGUACAUGGGAGUGUAGACACCACCAUACUUGCUGCUGUACGACUUUGUCAAUUCGGGAUUUGCCCUGUUAGUUUAAAGAAAAACCCUCUGCUCAAGCUGCCGUGCACGGAGAUGGUAACCCGUCUGUAUGUUUGCAUUUGUCUUAAAGCAGAUAGAUCCAUCCGAACAAAAGACUCUUGCGAAUCUACCCUGGAUUGUUGAACCUGGACAAGAGGCCAAAAGAGGCAUUAAUACCAAGUAUGAAACUACAAUUUUCUGAUACAAAACUGUCCCCCUGUUCCUUGUUGUGCCUUGCACGCCAAGCAGUCACAGCACAGCCUUUCCUUUAUGGCAACGUUUCAAUCCAGCAGAGAGGAAGACUGCACUGUAUGAGUGGCCUUGUAACUAACAAAAAAGGCUGACAGUCAUUUCUGGUGAUGUUCUUCUUCCUGCAGCACUGACUGAAGAAUGACACUAUAUGAAGACUUUUAAAAUUACAGUCCACAAGAGGAGUGAGAAACCUUAUUUUUCAUGCAGUUCUCCCUUGUGACUCUGCCACAGUGCUUUCUUUAAUUUCUUAUUUUAGAAUUCUACUUUUUAAAGAAAAGAAAAAAUAAAAUGUCUCUAAACUAAUACUAAUGCUGCCUAUGAGUAGAGUAUUUGAUUGGGUUUUUUUAUUUAAAUCUUGGCAGUUUUUAAUUGAAAUAGAACCAGAAUUAAUAAACAGAUUAUUUGUGAAACCACUGAAUUCAUUAAUAAUUACUGUGUUGAAUAAAGAACUCAUUAAAGUGACGAGAAACUAGG